AUGGGGUCAGAACAUGUCGGGAUCGUUAGGCUGAGAGAUCAAUCGCGGUUCAUUACGAAGACAAGAGCGCCUCGGGGAGAGAGAGCAAUGUCUAGUCUAUCUACAGACCCGAGCAUUCCGAGACCGAUAACCCAAAUCCAAACGGGGAUCAGUGAUAGAACCGAGACAUGCCAAAGUCUCUUCUCACGCUGUGUAUCAAACACUGCUUUCUCGGACGAGAACUUGGAUUGGUACGAAAGCCGUCAAGGAGAAUUCAAUUUAUGGGCAUCUAUUUUGAAGGCCACAGACAUUGGAAGAUCGUCUCUGGACUAUCGCUUGCAAGAUGAUGACGAACUACGCGGGCGUAUCUGUGGGCUGCUAGAAGGUCUAUCCGAGUCUCUCAAGACACUCCUCCAACCAGAUAGUAAGCAGAUCGCCGAAUCUGACUCGUCGGGGCCGGUGAAUGUUGCUGAUUCCAUUUUCUCGGAUUUCUCUUCUGAUAAUGAAGAAUCCAGCUCAUCGCCGAAGUUGAAGUCAUAUGAGGUACAUCUUCCCGAAGACAUGUUUCUCGUGAAGCUCAUAAUUGGUCACCUCUGGAGACUCUCAACAAACAUUCGGCGACCAGGCACCAGCUAUCGACACAGAAGGGCUGAUAUUGCGUUGGAAAGAGAUAAAGAGAGCUUCGCAGACUUCAAGUCCUAUUUGGCAGGCAUUAUUCGCAGCUCUUCAUUCAAUGCAUUCUUGAACAUCCAUGGAGAUCCCAUUCAAUUGACACAGGUGCAGGAACGAUUGAUAGAUGCGAACAUUGUCAGAAGAAACAGGAUCAUUUUCGCGACUGCGUCAACAAACCACCCUGAACAGCCGCCCAUCAGGCGUUAUCCCGCGAAACCCUUCGAUUUCAAUGCCACUUCCGUCGCUGCCGCCCAAUUUCCCGAAGACUCACCUGAAGACUUGCUACAGCAAUAUGCUCCGCUAUCUGUAGAGGGUUCAACUGCUCGUGGACUUACACGGCGGCUGAAAACGAGUGAGAUAUCUCAAGCAGCUGGAGAUUUGAGCUCACAAUUCACCUCUGGACAUGAUCCACAAUAUCCGGAGCCCAAAAAGAAUGAUACUUUGGCUUUUGUAGGAAAUAGCGAGAUCGAUGGUGAUCAGGACUACCCUGCUUGCCCUGAACCCGUGUCAGACGAGGCACUGCAGUGCCCAUAUUGUGGUGAUAUGCUGCCAGUGGAGUAUUCAAGGGACUCUUCGGUUUGGAGAGAGCAUCUUGCUCAUGACAUACUGCCGUACUCUUGCUUUUACAAGGAUUGUGUGGAGUUCGAAAUGUAUUUGACGUCUGAUGAUCUCUUCAAGCACAUGCUCAACCGUCAUGGAAUUGUACAGUGGGUGUGCCAACAUUGCUCCUUGGGCCAGAAAAGAGAACGGUCUGUUGUUUUCGCUAGUCAACAGCUCUGGCAAAGACACAUGGAGAAAGAGCAUCCAGAAUUUCCCGUAUCUCAAAUUGCAUCUCUGGCUAGUGUGAGCAAGCGUACUAUGCUCGAGCCUCUAGCCUGUCCUCUAUGCGACUACGUCAGCGAGAACGCCAUGACCACUUUUGAUGACCAUAUCGCAAGUCAUUUACAUAAAUUCGCUCUUUUGUGUUUACCCUGGGGUCCGACGGGCUGCUCAGAAGCCCGGAGAAACUCGAAAGCCCCGAAACUCGCAUUUUCGAGCUUGUCCACGGAAGAUCACAAAGGCAAAAAUGCAGAACACUAUACACGAUCUUUUCAGCAGAGUCUUGUCACCACCAAGCCCUUGUUUACUCCUGACAAUAUAGGGACAACCUCUCCUGCGCCCCGGGGCCCUAUCCCAGCCACGACGCCACUAGUCGUCAGACAAGACGCCAGCGGCGUUGAAUGGAUAGCCUUUGAAUACUCCCGAAACCGCGUGAAAAUGGAGUACACAAUCCGCUGUGACGUAGAGUCCGUGGAUGUCGACACCUUACCCGAACCCUUCAAGACAGAAAACUGCAUCUACCCGCGUGCAUUUUGCAGCAAGGAUCAAUACCGCGGCAACAGACUGGUUCAUGAAACAGAAUACAACGCCCUCGGCUGGGCACUGGCCGAAUUGAAUCCCGCGCUGAGAGGAAAACGAGGCCUUCUUCAGCGUGCCGUGGAUAGUUGGCGUAAUAGCAAUCAGGACCCGAGGCUGCGUUCGAGACGUGUUCGGAGGCAGGCAAAGAUGACUCGUAGACAAUCGGUUCCCGUUUCGCCAUUACCGGAGGCUGAGCCUAGAUCUGGACCUGGGCCAAUUUCCCCCUGUCGGUGUUUGCACCCCGUCCGCCGCCGGCAAGAUCGACUUUGGGGUCUUUACCAGAUGGUCCACCGCAGACACAGCACCAUCAUCAGCAUCGGCCUGAUAGUACUUCGGCUCCUUAGAAGCAAAAAUCCCAUUGACUUUGAUCGAGGAAUGUGGUCGGCUCAUACCACGAAGCCUCCAAGUGAUUUCGACCCUGUCCUGGUAAAUGGAAUCUAG